AUGAAGUCCAGGAAGAGGUCGGACUCGGCCCGGCGCAGGGCGCUGCGCACCAUGGGGACGGCCCUGAGGAAGAGGCCCUGGAAGACUCCCGGACUGUGGAACACGCGGGUCCACCACAGCAACCUGCAUGUGGCAAGCUUUGCUCUGCUCACUGUUGGCUUGAUCAUGUGCACCGCAGCCGUGGGCUUCGCCGAGUGGCGGAUAUGGCACAUGAGCAGUCCCCAAGGCCUGGCCCUCGUGGGCAUAUGGAAAGUCUGCAUCUACCAAGUGCCGCGCACCCGCGUCGCACCUUUCUGCCACAGCUAUCCGUUCUUCGACAGUUACCUCCCUCCUUCACUUCAGAGAGUCCAGUACCUCCUGCUCCUCGGCGUUAUUCUGGGGUACCUGGGAAAGGUCGCCCUCAUCAUGGCUCUCCGGAAUGUGUUCAUGGCGAAGACGUCCAAGACGAAGGAUUAUUUUCUGAUGUCCGGGUUUCUGUGCACCGUCGCGAGCAUCUGUGUUGUCCUGACUGUCAUCUACACGUACCAAGCCGUAAGCAGCGAGCAGGGCAUUGACUUCCCAUCGUCGUUUUCAAUGCCCUCCAGGCCCGACUCACAGGAACUCGGCACUGCGCCUUUGGUAGCAUCCCUGGGAGCCACCAUGAUGUUCCUGAGUGGUUUGUUUUCCCUUUUCCACAAACUCCCCUGA